AUGGGAUCAUCCUGGUGGGGCUUCUUUUCUGUGCGUUAUAUUAUACUCUUGUUGCUCAUUAAUGCCGCAUGCUGUUUUUCUUUUGUACAAACGCAGACGCUUUGCCACGAUGAUGAGCGCACUGCCUUGUUGCAAUUCAAAGCUAGUUUCACUACAGACAAGUCUGCUUCCCAAGAUCCCUUUGCUUAUCCGAAAGUUGCAUCUUGGGGUAGGCUAGAAGGAGAUCCUCAAAGGAGUAACUGUUGUUCAUGGGAUGGUGUUGAAUGCAACCACGACUCUGGCCAUGUUAUUGGCCUUGACCUCGCCAGCAGCUGUCUUCAUGGUUCCAUCAACUCCAAUAGCAGUCUUUUUCAACUUGUUCAGUUGCAGAGGCUUGACCUCUCUGACAACAACUUCAGCUACUCUCAAAUACCAUCCAGGUUAGGCCAUGAUCUUACUAGUCUAACAUAUCUCAACCUAUCAAUGUCUUCAUUUUCUGGCCAAAUUCCAUCAGAAAUUUCAUAUCUAUCCAAGCUGUCUGCCCUUGAUCUAUCUUCUAGUUACGAGUCUCAUCUCAAAAUGGCCAACUUCGGAAGCCUAGUUCAAAACUUGACCAACAUCAAGCAGCUUCAUCUUAGUUUGGUAGAGAUAGGCUCCACAGUGCCUAGUACAUUGGUGAAUGUGCCUUCUCUCACAUCUCUCCGUCUUCAAGCAUGUAACUUGGAGGGGCAAUUCCCAGUAGGCAUUUUCCACCUACCAAACUUGCAAGUACUUGAUUUGGCCGAUAACAGCAUUCUAACCGGUUACUUUCCUGAUGAGCUUAACAAGAGCAGUCCCUUGAAGAUACUGAAUUUGUGGUCAACCAAUUUCUCUGGUCAUCUACCUGCUUCAAUCGGAGACCUUCGUGCCUUAAAUUUGUUGAACAUAGCAUACUGUAACUUUUAUCCCCAUGUUCCAUCUUCACUUUCCAACCUUACCCAGCUCAAUUUCCUUGAUCUUUCCUUUUUUUCCAACAAGGGUACUUUCAGUGGCCAAGUUACUGAUUCCUGGUCUUGGGUUGGAAAGCUGACCAGACUUAACAAUUUAUCCCUUUUCGAUACCAACUUAAGGGGAGAUUUCCCAUCUUCUUUGGCUAAUCUAACGCAACUUGUGGAAUUAGACUUGAGCUACAAUCAAAUAACUGGUGAAAUCCCAUCUUCUUUGGCUAAUCUGACGCAACUUGUGGAAUUACGCUUGAGCUCCAAUCAAAUAACUGGUGAAAUCCCAUCUUCUUUGGCUAGUCUGACGAAACUUGUGGAAUUAGACUUGAGCUCCAAUCAAAUAACUGGUGAAAUCCCAUCUUACCUUGGGCAGUUGACCCAAUUAACUUUCUUAGACGCAGCAUCGAACAAUCUGCAAGGAACAAUUCCCAGGUCGCUAUUCGAGCUUAGAAAUCUUGAAUCUCUUUACCUCGACUCAAAUAACUUGAGUGGGUAUGUUGAAUUCGAUGAGUUUUCCAAGCUCGAAAAGUUGAAGGACCUUCGUUUGUCUCUCAACAAGUUAUCUGUGCAGAUCAAAACUGGAUUUACUGCUAUUCCUCCAAAGCUUCAAGCACUAGGAUUGCGUUCAUGCAACUUAACAGAGUUUCCGGAAUUUUUGAAAUACACUAGUAAACUGGUGGCUCUAGAUCUAGCUGAUAACAAUCUUCACGGCCAAAUACCAAAAUGGAUGUGGAAUUCAACUAGUACUGAAACUUUGUUUCAUCUGAACCUCUCUUACAACCACUUAACUGGAUUUGAAGAAAAUCCAGUCAUCAUUCCAUGGCCUCGGUUAAAGUCUUUAGAGCUCGACUCUAACAUGUUACGAGGAUCACUGCCAAUUCCAGGGCCGUCAAUGGGAAUCUAUUCUGUUUCAAACAAUGAAUAUGCAGGAGAAAUUCCAGCAACAUUCUGCAAUACGGGGAUGCUAAUUAUUCUUGAUUUGUCUAACAACAACCUGAAUGGCAGGAUUCCCCAAUGUUUUGAGAAUCUCACACAUCUUUACAUAUUGAAACUGCAGAACAAUUCUUUUCACGGGGAUAUUCCUCGAAUAGGUUCAAACGGAUGCUUGAGGUUAAGUGGGAUUGACUUGAGUUAUAAUCAGCUACAAGGGAAGCUCCCAAGAUCAAUUGCCAAUUGUUCUUGGUUGGCGUUUCUUAAUUUGGGAAAUAAUCAGAUCAAUGAUACCUUCCCCUCUUGGUUAGGAACACUUCCACAAUUAAAAGUUCUCAUUUUGCAGUCUAAUGCAUUUCAUGGCAUAAUUGGAAAGCCUGCAAGUAGCCAUGAGUUCCCUGAGCUGUCCAUUGUUGAUUUAUCUAGCAAUGAUUUUUCAGGUAUGUUGCCCUCCGACUACUUAGAGAACUGGAAUGCCAUGAAAUCUGUUGAUGCAAACGAGCAAAUAUACGUCCAAUCCCUGCUCUACAUCGGCGGGACGUAUACAGUAACGUUCUACAAUGAUUACGCGAUUACAGUCUUUGGAAAAGGUGUUGAAUUGAAGUAUUUCAAGACCCCUUAUCAUUUGACACUCAUAGACCUCUCAAAUAACAGAUUUGAAGGAGAGAUUCCAGGUAUCAUUGGGAAUCUAAGAGGGCUUCUUUUGCUCGAUCUUUCCAACAACACUCUCACCGGUCCCAUCCCCUCUUCUUUGGGGAACUUGACUGCUCUUGAAUCGCUGGAUCUCUCCCAAAAUCAGCUCUCAGGAAAGCUCCCCGGUGAUCUGGCCCAACUGACAUUCCUUUCAUACUUUAAUGUAUCCCAUAAUCGUCUUUCGGGGUCCAUUCCACAAGGUCGACAAUUUGAUACAUUCCAAGAGGAUAUGUUCCAAGGAAACUCAGGUUUGUGUGGGAAACCUUUGCCAAAGAAAUGUGAAGAUUCUGAGAGCACAACACCACAAACAUCAAGCUUUGAACAAGACGAAGACUCUGGAUUUCAAAUUGAACUAGAUUGGUUUGUGGUUCUGCCAGGAGUUGUUGCUGGUCUAAUAGUUGGAGUGGUUGGUGGAAACUUGUGGACAACCAAGAAGCAUGACUGGUUUGUAGAGACAUUCAGCAGUAGGAGGCAGCCGAGAGGCAUCAGGCGGAGGAGGGGACUCGGAACUUAG